AUGGAUUCGUCCUCGAUAGCACAUGAGUCUGAUAUCGUAUCGACAGAAAGGAAUAUCUUACCUGAAAGGUUUAUAUCUAAUAAGCAACAAGGAAAUUACUUAGAGGACGGUAGUGGUGAUGGUAACGGGAAAGCUGCUGAGCACUGGUUGUUAGCUGCCAUAUUCAACUUCUUUUGGGUAAUAUCGUACUUUAUAAGUGGUUCUACUCAUAUUGCUUUCCGGAGCUCGUGGUAUAUCGUGUCACUAUUGCUUUUGAAGUUCCCUAAAUGGAUUAUUGUCGAAGCAAAUCACAUCCAUUUGACCAUUCCUUUCAGUGUUCUCGUGGUGACCCUUGCGAUUAUCUUUUACGUGAGUUACGAGUUUUUGAAAGGAAGAUUGUUGUCCGAAUAUAAAAACUUGACUUCAGACUUAAACACUGACUCCCUUAACAGCAAAAACUCAAAAUCAUCCAGAUUAUUACACCAUGAUAGUAAGGAUAGCAAUACAACUAGAAGAAGACGUUAUUCCUCUGGGAAAUUGUUGUCAUCUGCUUUGCAUGAAUCUCACUCGGGAAUAAAUGGGGGUGACGACGGUGAUGAUACUUUCUUGUCUUCUUACUUGGACCAAUUCCUAAGUGCUAUUAGAAUAUUUGGUUAUUUGGAAAAACCUGUCUUCCACGAUUUGACCAAAAAUAUGAAGACUCAAAAAUUGGAUGAAGGUGAAAUAUUACUGUUAGAUAACUCUGUUGGCUUUGCAAUUGUGGUGGAAGGAACGCUUGAUAUUUAUCAUGAAGUGGAAGAAAAAGGUAAUAUGAACGACAUCGAUGGAGAUUUCAUGGUCGAUGAUAACCAGUCGAUUUAUUCUAUACUAAAGAGAAAGAAGAAGAAAUACUCAACCUCCAGACAUGGUCAAUAUAAUAAUAAUUCUGACCCAGGUCACUACAAUGGUCAUAAUGUUAACGGUGACGAUGAAGACGACGAUGAUGGCAUUUUACAAAUGAGGAGUAGUUCUCGUAAUCAAAACAUUCCUUCAUUUGAUGCCAUUGAGUCAUCUUCAUCCGAUGAAGAAAGUGAUAUCAAUGACGGAGACUCGGAGUCUCAAUCCGAAUCCGAUGAUGAGUCUACGGGUUUCAUUAGACUUAAAGACGGCUUGGGUAAAUUUCAGCUUUUAAAUACAGUGAAAGCUGGUAACCCAGUAUCUUCCUUAGUAAAUAUCUUGAAUCUUUUCACUUCUGCUAAUGACAACGUAACUUCUCCGUCAAGGACAGGUAGAAUGGAUAGUAAUUACACUAAUCCAGUUGAGAGACCUACUUCGAAACUAUCGACGUCUAUCGAAGAGAGUGCAAUGAGACUUGAGUUGGGCAAAUAUAGUUUAUCCCCAACAGAAGCUUCAUAUCGAAGCACCAGUAACCCUUCCAAUAAUUUCAGUAAAGACAAUGAUCCAUUGUCUAAAUCCAUAUCGGGCCCAGAUGCGGUAACCACACCAUCUUUACCACCUUUGAAUAAUAGAGCAUUCGUAAUACCAAAAGUUGUAGCCAGAGCUGCAACUGAUUGUACUAUUGCAAUCAUACCUCCACAGGCAUUUGCUAAAUUGAAGGCAAAAUAUCCUCGCUCGGCAUCUCAUAUCAUACAGAUGAUUCUUACAAAAUUAUACCAUGUUACAUUCCAAACUGCCCACAAAUACUUGGGACUAACACAGGAAAUUGCAUACACCGAGUUGUUACUUAAUAGAACGGUGUCAUAUGAUCUACCAAACUAUCUCAAAGAAAUUGUAAUAGACAGGUUCAAGGACAAAGGGAAAGAUAUGAAUUUACAGAAAGGGUUUCAAAGCCCCACGUCUAGCCGAUUGACUUCGAACUUCAACGGUAACUCAAAUAAUCAACGUACCAAUAGUAGAAACUCCCAAGCAUUAAUGAGUACUAGAGAUUUACGGAAAACUAGACCUGAACUCAGUCAACAAAGUUCGAUGAUUCAUUCUCCUACGCCUAUAACUGGUUCUAGGCAUGUGGUAUUGGAAUCCCGUGAUAAAUAUAAUCCUGGUGAUUUAUUGUCAAACGUCCCACUAUCCAGAAUAAACCUUGCUUCUCCAAGUUCAAGAGGAUUUGACUAUAGCUCAAUGAAGAAAGAAAGCUCACCACAAUCAUCUGUGAAUAGUAGGAAAAGAAGUACAACUGGUGAAAGGCCAAGGUUAUUGAAACGGCCAUCGAUAUAUAACAAUCAAUCGUCAAGUCGCUCCGAUGCCUUGAAGGGAAAUAAUAGUAAUAAUAAAGAUAUUAACUUUACUUCAUUUUCGGCACAAGAAGAAACAGAAGACUCAGUGGUACGGAUGGCAUUGGUUGAAGCCAUGCUAACAUAUUUGGGUGUGAACAAGACAAAUAUGUCUAUAUUGCCUGGUAUCUACGAUGGUGCGCCCUCGGAACCUCAUUCGCAUAGGGCUUCUGAGAUAUCCUUGGUUUCUUCAUACACAUCAUCAGCUGCUCCACAAACAACAAUCAGAAUUUUGCCAAAGGAGUAUGCAAUUGUAUCUACCAGAAAGCAGAAACAAAGCUCCAAAAAAAGGAGAAAAUAUAAAGAAGAAAUUUCACCAACCUUGGAUUAUGAAUAUGCUAAGAAUGAAUUUGCACAAGCAAUUGAACUUCAGUAUUUUAAACAAGGCACAGUGAUUGUCGAGCAAGAUACCAGAGGUAAAGGUCUCUACUACGUAGUGUCUGGUAAAAUCGACGUGACGACUUCAACAGUCAGUGAUCAUGAAAUAUUCAACAGUACCAGGGAUAAGAAAAAGAAAAAAUCAAAGACUUUAUUUACAAUUGAAUCAGGAGGUAUAGCUGGUUAUUUGUCAUCAUUGGUUAGCUACAAAUCGUUUGUUACUUUGAUUGCCAAGACAGAUGUUUACGUCGGGUUCUUACCUUAUCAAACUUUAGAAAAACUGUGUGACAAAUAUUUUUUAAUCUACUUGAGAAUCGCCGAAAGUUUGACAAGUCUAUUAACACCUCGUAUGUUGAAGUUAGAUCAUGCAUUAGAAUGGCUACACCUAAAUGCAUCUGAUACAUUGUUUAACCAGGGUGAUCCUGCUAAUGGUAUAUAUGUUAUAUUAAAUGGUAGAUUGCGUCAACUCAGAAAUCCUGAAUUAGAAGAAAAUAGCACUGAUUAUCCAAAUGAUGGUGAAGAGAAAGACUCUAGCAGGGACAGUACAAUUGUUAUGGGUGAAUUGGGUCAAGGAGAAAGUUUUGGUGAAGUCGAAGUGUUAACUGCCAUGGAUAGAAUAAGCUCAAUGGUGGCCGUGAGAGAUACUGAGCUUGCAAGAAUACCGAGAUCACUUUUCGAAUUAUUGGCCAUUGAACACCCCUCGAUUAUGAUUAGGGUGUCAAGAUUGGUGGCUAAGAAAAUAUUAGGUCAAGGUCAAGCAAAUAUGGCUUUACCUAAGAUAGGCUCAGGUUCAAACUUAAGGCAUGACUUGAAUUUGACUAUUCCACCUUCAAGUAGCUCAUCGAUUCAUACUCACUCAUAUGGGAAUGAUAACAGUAAUCAAAUGAAUAAUGCAAAUUUUAGAACGAUUACGAUUUUGCCCAUUACAAGCGGACUCCCAGUUGAGUCAUUUGCAAUGAAAUUAGUACAUGCUUUCAAACAGGUGGGAAGGACAACCAUUGGAUUGAACCAAAGAACGACCUUAAGUCAUUUAGGUAGACAUGCCUUUGAUAAACUUGCAAAACUGAAAGAAAGUGGUUAUUUCGCUGAACUAGAAGAAUUAUAUCAAACAGUUGUCUACAUCGCCGACACACCAGUUAAAUCUUCUUGGACAAAAACAUGUAUUGCUCAGGCAGAUUGUGUUAUUCUAUUGGCAAGAGCCGAUGACAGUCCAGAGAUAGGUGAGUAUGAAAGGUUGCUACUGAAAUCCAAAACAACAUCAAGAACAGAGCUGGUGUUGUUACAUAAUGAAAGAUCUGUUGAACCAGGAAUGACCCAAAGGUGGCUACGUAGUAGAUCGUGGGUUCAUAAUCAUUAUCAUAUCCAAUUUGCAAUGGAUUCCUUGGUAAACUCAUCUAAUGUAAAGGAUACUGGUGGAAAUAUAGGUGCUUUAAACUUGGUGGAUAAAUUUAUUCAAACGGAGUUAGGUAGGAAAACACAAUACAAUAUCUCAAAGCUUCUACCAGAAUCUAUUAAAAUGACUGUUGAGAAUUUCUCUUCAAGAUUCAUGAAACGGAAGCGCCAAUACUAUACACCAGUUCAUAGACACAAGGACGACUUCCUGAGAUUGGCCAGAAUCUUGUCAGGUCAAGCUAUUGGUCUUGUUUUAGGUGGUGGUGGUGCAAGAGGUUUGAGUCAUCUUGGUAUUUUACAGGCAUUAGAAGAACGUGGUAUUCCAAUUGAUAUGAUUGGUGGUACAUCUAUCGGAUCAUUUGUUGGUGGACUUUACGCAAAGGAUUAUGACUUAGUCCCAAUAUUCGGUAGAAUUAAGAAAUUUGCUGGUAGAAUUUCCUCGAUUUGGAGAAUGCUUAGUGACUUUACCUGGCCUGUGACUUCCUAUACUACAGGUCAUGAAUUCAAUCGUGGUAUAUGGAAGAGUUUUGGAGAUACCAGAAUAGAAGACUUUUGGGUUCAAUACUUCUGUAACUCGACUAAUAUUACAGAAUCUGUUCAAGAAAUACACUCAUACGGGUAUGCCUGGCGGUACGUUAGAGCUUCGAUGUCAUUGGCAGGUCUGUUACCUCCAAUAGAAGAUAACGGCUCUAUGUUACUGGAUGGUGGCUAUGUUGAUAACCUUCCAGUGCUGGAGAUGAAGGCUAGAGGAUGCAAUACAAUAUUUGCUGUAGAUGUUGGAUCUGUUGAUGAUAGAACACCAAUGAAAUAUGGUGAUUCUUUGAAUGGUUUCUGGAUUAUACUAAAUAGAUGGAAUCCUUUUUCUAAGCAUCCAAAUAUACCUACGAUGGCCGAAAUUCAGGUUAGACUUGGGUAUGUGUCGUCCGUUAAUGCCUUAGAGAAGGCAAAAAGAACUCCUGGUGUCAUCUAUGUUCGUCCUCCGAUAGAAAAUUACGCUACAUUGGAUUUUGGUAAAUUUGAAGAAAUUUAUAAAGUCGGUGCAGAUUUUGGUAAAGUUUUCUUACAAGCACUGGCUGAAGAAGGUAAGAUGCCUUAUAUUCCUGGUUCCAACGCAGAUUUAGUUGGGGAUGUGGAAACUGGAUUCUUUUUGCAUAGACGUAACAGUAUUUGA